AUGGAGCAAGUACAAGACGACCAAAUUAAUGAUAAGGAAGAAGCAUAUUAUUUACCGCAUCAUGCGGUUUUCAAAGAAGCAAGUACGUCGACUCGACUUCGCGUUGUUUUUGACGCUUCAUGCAAGACUAGUAACGGCGUUAGUUUAAACGAUGUAUUGUUGAAAGGACCGGUUUUGCAAGACGAUUUGGUAUAUAUACUCGCUCGCUUCCGAACACAUAAUUUCGUAUUGUCCGCGGAUAUCACGAAAAUGUACAGACAGUUUUGGGUAACAAAAGCUCAUAGAAUAUUUCAACGAAUCUUAUGGCGCACAAAUCCACAGGAAAAUAUUAACAUUUUUCAACUUAACACGGUUACUUACGGAACCGUUCCUGCGUCUUUUUUGGCCACCGGAUGCUUACAUAAACUAGCCGAUUCGCAAAAUGUCGAUCCUAUAAUAGCAGCGGCCAUAAAGCGUGACUUUUAUAUGGAUGAUUUUUUAGGCGGUACUAAUUCUUAUGAAUCAGCUGUUCAAUUACGAGAUGGUCUAAUUAAGACAAUGCAAUCCGCAGGCUUAGAAUUGCGAAAAUGGGCUUCGAAUAAUGAUAAUUUAAUUAAAGAUGUAAUGUCAAUAAAAGAAGAUAGUAAAUACUCGGUCCCCAUUAGUGACGACAAUUCGAUAACAAAGGUUCUGGGAUUGUUUUGGAACUCAACCACUGAUACGUUACAAUUUGAAGUGCAACAAAAUAAUUUUACAAUCAUAAGUCGAAUUACGAAACGCGAAAUCUUGUCGGUAAUCGCAUGCCUAUUAGACCCAUUAGGACUAGUGGGUCCCGCUAUUAUACGGGCCAAGCUUAUGUUACAGCAGUUGUGGCGAUUAAAAAUACAAUGGGACGAACCGCUUCCGAACGAGAUUCAAGAACAAUGGAUUACCUAUAGAAACUCUUUGUGUGAAUUAAAUAACCUAAUUAUACCUCGACAAAUUACGUGUAAAAAUGAUAUCGUAAAUAUACAAAUUCACGGGUUCGCGGAUGCGAGCAUCAAUGCGUAUGGCUGUUGCUUAUAUUUACGAUGUACAAAUUCGGAUGGUGUGCACACUUCAAAAUUAAUAUGUGCAAAGUCCAAGGUGGCACCAUUAAAAUUUAUAUCUUUACCUCGAUUGGAGUUAUGCGCGGCGCUUUUAUUGUCAAGAUUAUCGAGUAAAAUAGUUCCAAAAUUAAAUUUGAAAAUUAGUAAAAGUUAUUUUUGGUCUGAUUCGAAUAUUGUUUUAUCGUGGAUUACUUCCCCUUCUACCAAAUGGAAAACCUUUGUGGCCCAUCGUGUUGGGGAAAUUCAGGAACGAACUUCUAUUGCGGAUUGGUCACACGUCCACACCAAGGAAAAUCCAGCUGAUAUUAUUUCACGCAGUUGUUGUCCGUCGAAAUUAAGUUCAUUGUCAUUAUGGUGGUUUGGUCCAAAAUGGCUAAUUAAAAAUGAAAUAGAGUAUCCCGUACUAAAGACGUCUUCGAAUUCAACAAAAUUAAAAAUACCCGAAGCUCGAGAGAUAACGAUAUCUAAUGUGUGUACAAAUACGCUGAAUGAUAAUUUUUCCUUAAUUAAUCAUUAUUCGUCAAUAAACAAAUUAAUUCACGUAACAGCUUAUUGUUUACGUUUUCGGUACAAUGCAUUACACAGAAAUUCAAGGUUAACAGGAAUGCUUAGCGUGGAAGAAAUUAAAUACACGCGUAUUGUUAUUAUACGAUGUGUUCAAAAAAGAUCAUUCCCUCGUGAAAUAAAAGAUUUAAUAAAAUUGAAAAACGUAAGCGCGUCUAGUAAAUUGUUUCGUUUGUGUCCAUUUAUAGACCACGGUGGUUUGAUAAAGGUGGGAGGUCGUUUGAAGAACGCCGCUUCGAUAGACAUUUAUCAACGACACCCGAUCGUCUUACCCGCAGAUGACCAUUUUACACGUUUAUUAUUUAAACACGAACACGAAAGAUGUAUGCACGGGGGCCCACAAGCGACCCUAUCGACGAUACGAUUACAAUAUUGGCUGCUAAAUGGUCGAAAUAUAGCACGAAGUACAGUGCAUAAAUGUGUGAAAUGUUUUAAAUAUAAACCGAUUGUCGUACAACCUAUUAUGGGACAAUUACCUGCAGACCGCGUAGAACCGGCUCGCGCGUUCCUAAAAUGUGGGAUUGAUUUCGCUGGUCCGUUUUUGAUUAAAUCUAGUUUACGUCGCAAUGCUCCUUUAAGUAAAGGUUAUGUAUGCAUUUUUGUAUGUUUUACAACCAAGGCGACUCAUUUAGAAUUGGUUAGUGAUUUAUCUACACAGGCUUUCAUCGGAGCGCUAAACCGUUUUUUUGAUAGACGAGGUAAAAGUAGCGUGAUAUAUUCCGAUAAUGCUACUAAUUUUGCCGGUGCAAAUAAUAAAUUAAAAGAAUGGUACGAUUUAUUUCAAGUCGAUAAACAUAAAACAAAGUUGGAUGAGGUCUUGAAGAACAAUGGUGUACAGUGGAAAUUUAUACCUGCGCGCUCCCCGCAUUUCGGCGGAUUAUGGGAAUCCGCCGUGAAAUCUAUGAAGAAUAUAGUACGAAAGACGCUCGGUGACGCUCAUUUAACAUAUGAAGAAUUUAAUACCGUUCUCACGCGCGCCGAAGCAUGUUUAAAUUCCCGUCCUCUUACACCUCUUUCUACCGAUCCUAAUGACUUGGGGGUAUUGACACCCGGUCAUUUCCUAAUAGGUGACUCUCUGCUGGCAAUUCCCGAGCCUGACAUAUCUGAUGUCAAAACCAACAGAUUGACGCGAUGGCGUAGGUUAAGUCAUUAUUCUCAAAUAAUUUGGAAGAAAUGGAGUCGUGAAUAUUUAAAUCAACUUCAGGAGAGGAAAAAGUGGUUAGGUGAGAAGGGACCUAAGUUAGAUAUCGAUACUGUAGUAUUAGUUCGAGACGAAAACAUCUCCCCCUUAAAUUGGAAGCUGGGUCGUGUGACGAAGAUUCAACGAGGUCCCGACGAUAUCAUUCGUUCAGCUGAUGUUAAAUUGGUAAAUGGUUGUAUUACACGAGCAGUGCGGAACUUAUGUCCACUUCCCUUUGAUGGAAAUAUAUCUAAAUAA